CCUGUUCUCAAUGAAAUCGUUAUGCUGCAACGCUUGGGAGGCUGACCACCCUGGGUUGGAUUUCACGCGUCUUGCUGAAAAGAUUUAUGAGACCAAGGGUUACCCUGGCCCUUACUAUUGUGUAGCCACAAAGCCCCAGGGACCUAGCCUUCGCACUUUGCAAGAAUCAUUUUCCAAUGCCAAACUACCAAAGCUGCUCGUCAGGUCUUCUUUACACCAGCUACUGCUCCGAGAUUGGCUUCACGCGACAUGUGGAGUCAUGCAUACCAAUAUCUCACCCCAAAACAUGUCAAUGGAGAUUGAAGAUGAUACGAGCCUGGAAGAUAUUGAGGAGCAAGAACCGCAAGAUCCCAGCAUACCAGCACAAAGUAUGGAGAACCUGUCUAUUAGUCUUGGGUUAUUAUGUUGGAGCUUUCAGGGGUCCCCAUUCUCACGGACUUUCUGCAAAUGUGACCCUUGAAACUUGAAAACAGGAUUGGUGAACGUCUGAUCUAUAUCGUGC